GUUUUUGUUUUUUAAUAGAUAAAAUUUUCACAUCUUAACUAAGUACGUAAUCUUUUUUAGUGAGUGUGGACUCUCACAUUCUGAGGGUUUUAUGGUUUAAAUUCUUACUGCUUAUCAUUUAAUUACGCCGCUGUCGCUCCUGAAUUCGCUCAGCCCUCUCACUUUACGUGACUUAGAUCCUAACCGGAAAGUAUAGAGAUAGGGGAGAGAGAGAGAGAGCUGUCGGCAUAGACGGCGACAUUUCGAGGGUCGGAAGGGAUGGAGUUCUUCUGAGUCGCUUACUCCCCCACAGUCACAGCUGCGCAAUCUGUACUGCUCGUAUGUGACCAGUCCACAAUGAUAACCUUGAGAGUUCCACAAUCAACGUAUUAUUUCUUCACUCAUAGUUCUAUUAAAUUCCAUAGGAAUAUAAACCCUAGAACUCUAUGCUCAUUUGCGAAUUCGGUUGAACAAAAUGGGGUGAGCAAUUCAGCACUUUCCAAUCUUCCAUCGACCUCCGUUUCAAAAGUCUCUCCAGUUUCAGGGCUUGAGGAUGUAAUGAUGGGCUAUAAUUUUGGCAAGAAAAAGGCCACAGAAGUUGCUCACUCGGUAUGGAGACAUGUAAUCCAGAAAGGGGGCAUACUUGUUGAUGCAACUUGUGGCAAUGGUUAUGAUACCUUAGCAAUGGUCAAAAUGGUUGCUGGUAAGCCACCUAAGGGUCGUGUUUAUGCAAUGGAUAUCCAAAAAGCUGCUUUAGAGAAUACUUUGUCUCUGCUAGACGAAUCGUUGAAUCCAGAUGAGAAAGAACUUGUUGAGCUGUUCUCCAUCUGUCACAGUAAAAUGGAGGAUGUUGUUCCAAAGGGUGUCUCUGUGAGGUUAGUUGCAUUCAACUUGGGUUACCUUCCAGGAGGUGACAAAGCAAUAAUAACAAGAUCGGAGACAACACGACUUGCAUUGGAGGCUGCAAAGAGAAUAUUAGCACCUGGAGGGCUCAUUAGCAUGGUAGUCUAUGUGGGGCAUCCAGGCGGAAGGGAGGAAUUUGAGACAGUCGAAGCCUUCGCUUCUGGGCUACCAGUUGAAGAUUGGAUCUGCUGCAAGCACCAAAUGCAAGACCGACCACUGGCUCCAAUACUUUUUUUCUUGUUCAAGACAUGAACAUCCAAGUCGAAGACUUUAUUGUUUAUUUUGUUUGAUUGUUUCUUAUUUCUUACCAAAUGGAAGUUCUUGAUUGUCGAAUAAUAUGCCCCUGUACUAAUUCUUUGGUCUAGUUCUAAAUUUCCAAAA